AAGACUUAUACCAUCUACCCCUCCAACAAAUACAAUCUCCCACCUCCGCCAUCAACCAUUAUACUUAAUGGCUUUGAUCUUCUCCAGCCUCCUGCACUGAUUCAAAACCGCCGGUUCUUUCACCCCUCAACCAGGCCUUUUUCUGAAGUGAUCGAGAGACUGACAUCCUCUCUUGCUGAAGCGCUCGAGCUGUAUCCACCAGUUACAGGAACGGUCCGUGCCGAUGAAGAGAAGGAUGAGGUCUACAUCGCACUGGAUCCUGCAAAUAUUCAAGGCACACCUUUUCUGAUCGAAACAAAAGAUACUCCAUUUGCUGGCGAUGCGGAUGAUAUAGCUCCUCGAAAUGAUCAGAUUCUUCCUCCACUUGCAAGUAUACUUGCUGUGAAAGUAACCCAG